UAUGAAAAUGAACACUUCAUGUUGCUUGAAAUUCAAUAAUCCAUGCAAGAAAAUAGUGAAGUUGUUCAAGUUCAAAUUAAGAAAGCCUCUCUUUAUAAAAAGGCUUCGAUUUUUUCGCCCUUCAAUAAUAAAAUGUGAAAGCAAUACAAGCACCCGUAGAAAGCAAGCUUCACAAGUUCUUUCAGUGUUUCGUUCGAUAAGGAGAUCAAAACCAAGAGAGGAGGACCAAGUCAUGGCACUCAAGAGUUUCUCAGGGCAUAUUAAAGCACCAGUUCCUUCACCAAUUACUCCAGCUUAUGCAAGAUUAAGUGGAGCUACUAAAAAAGAAGUAGUAAUAUUUCAGGAUGAUGUUGAAGAUGCAUGUAGAAGCUUCGAGAAUUAUCUGGCUGAAAUGAUUGUUGAAGAAGGGAAAAUGAGGGAUAUAAUGGAUGUAGAAGAAUUGUUAUACUGUUGGAAGAAUUUAAAAAGCCCUGUUUUUAUUGACUUAGUCUGCAGAUUCUAUGGUGAGCUAUGCAAGGAUUUGUUUUCCAAUACCUAUAAGGAUGAUAUCAACAGUCCACAGAAAAUCAUGCAAUGAUCGAUCUGCCUGGUGCACUAAAGCUCCUGCUAUGCACAGGGUUCGGAAAAGAGCCCGACCACA